AUGGACUUCAACCUGCGACCUCUCCUGGAGCAGCUGGAGCAGGAGGAGCUGAGCAAGUUCAAGUCUCUGCUGAGGACCCUUCCCCCACAAGAUGAACUGCAGCAUGUCUCCCAGGCGGAGGUGGAUGAGGCCAGCGGGCAGCAGCUGGCGGAGAUCCUCACCACUUCCUGCCCCGUCUUUUGGGUGGAGAUGGUGACCAUCCAGGUCUUCGACAAGAUGAACCGGACGGAUCUGUCCAAGAGAGCCAAGGACGAGCUCAGAGAAGCGGCCUUGAAGUCUCUUCAGGAAAACGCGCUUCCACCAUCAGAGCUCGCUCAAGUACAGGGCAGAAGUGUCACCAACCCAGAAGACGCAACGGAAAGUUCGGAAGGAGAAACGCCAGGUCAGCAGGACGCGUACAGCAACAUAUGGAAGACGUCCGGGCCCAUCUGGAAGCAAAACCUUUGGCCCAAAGCCAGCGAACACCCCCAUACAUUCCCGCAGGGAUAUGAGAGCCUGGUCCCCUUCUGCAACCCCCACGCGCCGGCCGGGCCCUUCCCGCACACCGUGGUGCUGCAGGGCGCAGCGGGCGUGGGCAAAACCACGCUGGCCAAGAAGUGGAUGCUGGACUGGGCCCAGGACCACCUCCCUGCGACCCUGCCCUCCGCCUUCUACCUCAGCUGCAAGGAGCUGGGCCGCCAGGGCGCCUGCGCCUGCACCUUCGCGGAGCUCCUGGCCAAGAAGCGUCCAGACGCGCAGGAGGCCGGCCGCCAGGUCCUCGCCCAGGGCCAGGAGGUCCUGGUGGUCAUCGACGGCUUCGACGAGCUCCGAGUCCCCUCGGGCGCCCUCCUCCAUGACAUCUGCGGCGACUGGAGGGAGCCCAAGCCCGUGCCCGUCCUGCUGGGCAGCUUGCUGAAGAGGAAGCUGCUGCCCAAAGCCACGCUGCUGGUCACCACGCGCCCCGAGGCCCUGGGCGAGCUGCGGCUCCUGCUGGACCAGCCGCUGCUGGUCCAGGUGGAGGGGUUCCAGGAGGCGGAGCGCAGGGGCUACUUCCUGGAGCACUUUGAGCAGCAGGACCAGGCCCUGCGCGCCUUCCAGGGCAUGAAGGCCAGCCCGGCGCUGUUCCGCAUGGGCGCGGCGCCCGCCGUGUGCUGGGUCGCGUGCACCUGCCUGAAGGGGCAGCUGGACAAGGGGGAGGACCCGGCCUCCACCUGCCGGACCCCCACCUCGCUGUUCCUGCGCUUCCUGUGCGGCCAGUGCCCCCACUUGGCAGCCCCCGCCCCGCGCCUCCCCACUGCGCUCCGCGCCCUGAGCCUCCUGGCCGCCCAGGGCGUCUGGGCGCACACGUCCCUGUUCGAUGGCCAAGACCUCGGGCAGCUGGGCGUCAGCGAGGCCGACCUGCGCCCUUUCCUGGAAGGCAAGGUGCUGCAGGCGGACGCGGACUGCGAGGGCUGCUACGCCUUCCUGCACCUCAGCGUCCAGCAGUUCCUGGCCGCCCUGUUCUACCUGCUGGACGGCGGCGCUGGGGCCCCCGGGGGCGCGGGCGGCUGCGGCUGCGCAGCGCAGGGCAUCGGGGACGUGCGCGCGCUGCUCUCCAAGGAGAAGCGGCUGCGAAACCCCAGCCUGGCCCACGUGGGCCGCUUCCUGUUCGGCCUGGCCAACGAGGAGCGCGCCCGGGAGCUGGAGGCGGCCUUCGGCUGCCGCGUGUGCCGGGAGGUGAGGCAGGAGCUGCUGCUGGCGGCGCGCUCCGCCGCCGGGGACUGGCCCUCCUCCUCCAGGGCGGACACCCGGGAGCUGCUGCGCUGCCUGUUCGAGUCCCAGGACGGGGCGCUGGUGCGGGAGGCGCUGGCGUCCGUCACGGAGCUGGCCCUGCACCUGCAGAGCGAGCGGGACCUGGUGCACGCGGCCUUCUGCCUCGGGCACAGCCGGGCCCUGCGCAGGCUCUCGCUGCGGGUGGAAAAGGGCAUCUUCGCGGAGGAGGACAGGUCCCGGGAGCCAGGCCCGUGGGCGGAGCGGUCCCAGAGCGACCAGCACCUGCUUCCCUUCUGGGCGGACCUCUGUGCUGCGGUCGGCUCCAGCAGGAACCUGGUCUCCCUGGACCUCAGCCAGAGCUCCCUCAGCGCCUCGGCGGUCGGGGUUCUCUGUGAAAACAUCGCCUCCGCGCCCCGAAGCCUCCAGAGACUGGUCCUCCGAAAUCUCUCCCCCGCCAAUGCUUACCGGCACUUCUGCGCCAUCCUCGGUGGUUACGAGAGCCUCACGCACCUGACCCUGGAAGGAAGUGAUCAGAAAUACGUGCUUCCCAUACUGUGUGGGGUCCUGCUUCACCCAAAGUGUAACCUGCAAUAUCUCAGGUUGGUGUCUUGCUCUGCCACCGCCCAGCAGUGGGCUGACCUCGCCGCCUCCCUCGAGAUGAACCAUUCCCUCACGUGCUUGAACAUCACGGCCAGUGAGUUCCAGGACGCGGGCGCCAAGCGACUGUACAUGACUCUGAGGCACCCCACCUGCACCCUGCAGAGGCUGUCGCUGGAAAACUGUCACCUCACAGCUGCCUACUGCAAGGAGCUCUCCUCCAGUCUGAUGGUCAACCUGAGGCUGACACACCUGUGCCUGGCCAGGAACGACCUUGGGGACCACGGGGUGAGACUUCUGUGUGAGGGCUUGAGCUACCCGGAAUGUCAGCUGCAGACCCUGGUGCUGUUCCACUGCAGCAUCACCAGCGACGGCUGCAUCGCCCUCUCCGCGCUCCUGCAGGAAGGCUCUGGGCUCGCGCACCUGGACCUGGGGCGGAACCACCUCGGAAUCACGGGCGUGAAGUUCCUGUGCGAGGCUCUGAGGAAGCCCCUGUGUCGCCUGAGGCGCCUCUGGUUAUGGGGAUGUGGGAUUAUCCCGUUUAGUUGUGGGGACCUCGCAUCCGCCCUCAGCAGCAGCCAGCACCUCGUCAGUCUGGACCUGGGUCAGAAUUCCCUGGAGCACAGCGGGAUGAAGACACUGGCUGAUGUCCUGAAACUUCCGAGCUGCCCUCUGCAGAAACUUAGGUUGAAGAUCGAUCAUUCUGACGUCCAAAUCCAGAAGCUGCUGGAAGAAAUCAAAGAGGGUAACCCAAAACUGACCAUUGAGAGGGACAACGAGGAGCCCAAAAAUCACAGGCCUUCUUCUGCGGACUUUAUUUUCUGA